CUAUGAUCCUAUGAUCCUAUCCGAUGAUUCAAAGUUCAGGUACAUAUGGCUCCCCGAAGACGGCUGUGGAAACCCAAUAUUAAAAUGGGGUUACUUUCAGUUUUGGGUUUCAUCGUCAGCAACCAAAACGGCAGAGUGGGUUUGGUCUUCAGUGACGUGUAGCUUGGCCGAGGAUCGGGAGUGGACUAAAGGCGUCUUUAUUCCCAAUUUUUGUUUUAGAGAGGGGAACCGGCCACCCAACCAACCAACGGGACUGGACCGAAAUCGCAGCAGCGGAAACCAACAACAAAGGAGUCUGUCUGGGGAAAUGCGAUUUGAUAAAACAAUGGAGUUUGUCGGCUAGGUAAACCAGGAGGAAGGGCAUCAUCCCCCAGCUUGAUUCCAUGGAGGCGAAGCUUUUAAGGGCAUGGAGAAUGAGAGAAAUGGAGGAAGGUGAAGGCUGUAGUUGCGCCAACACCCUCUCUGAUCUUAUCCUUCAGCAAUUCCGCAUCGCAGUAAAAAGGGGAGCAUGGUGCAUAGUGAAGCAAUAGUAAGGAAACACUCUGCUUCCCUGUAAAAAAAAAAAGUUAUGUUCGUUUGCUUGGCAGGCAGUCAACCUCCCAUGUCUUCUACCCCUGCGUUUCCUCUUGUUCCUGCUGCUAUUCCAGCGAAAUGUAGAGAAUCUGGAUCACCACUGCUUGCCACAGAGUUCAGCAACACCAACUUGUUGCAGAGCUGUGACGGCUCGAUGAGAAUACAACGGAUAAAGAAGAUGUUUGAUGAGGCUCAUCUCUCAGUGUCUGCAUACGACACCGCCUGGAUGGCCAUGGUUCCAACUCCUACUUCAUCCAUGGAAGACUCUCCUCUCUUCCCUCAGUGUGCUAGAUGGAUACUUGACAACCAACUCAGUGAUGGCUCUUGGGGUCUCGCUCGUCGUAAUCCAUCCUCAACCAAGGAUGCUCUCUCCUCUACCUUGGCUUGCAUUCUAGCUCUCCAACGUUGGGGCCUUGGUGAACAGCAAGUCACUAAAGGCCUCCAGUUUCUAGACUGCAAUUCUGCUUCCCUAACGGAUCAGAAGCAGCAUAUGCCUAUCGGGUUUGACAUAAUAUUCACGGGCAUGAUUGACUAUGCAAAAGAUUUGGGUUUGAACCUCCCUUUCAAGUCAACUGAUGUAGAUGCUAUGCUAACUAAGAGAAAUGUGGAGCUUACAAGUGGGUUCGGUAGAAACACAGAGGGAAGAAGAGCCUACAUGGCAUAUGUUUCAGAAGGUAUCCAACACUCACAAGACUGGGACAUGGUCAUGAAAUAUAAGAGGAAAAACGGAUCCCUGUUCAAUUCACCUUCGACUACUGCGGUUGCUUUUUCUCAUCUUCGAGAUCCUGAUUGCCUUCGCUAUCUUUGUGUCCUCUUAGACAAAUUCGAGAAUGCUGCUCCAACAAUAUAUCCACUGGACAUACGCAGCCGCCUUCUGAUCAUUGACACUCUUGAUAGUCUGGGAGUCGCUCGCCACUUCACCAAUGAAAUGAAGAUGUUGCUGGACCAGAUAUACAGGGGGAUGAAGAGAUUUUUCUGGAUACAACCACUUGUGCCAUGGCUUUUAGAUUGUUGCGUGUUUAUGGAUAUGAUGUCUCUUCAGAUCAGCUAUCUCCAUUCUCAGAAGAUUGUUUCUUCAAUUCACUGGAAGGAUACUUGAACGACAAGACAGCUGUACUGGAGUUACACAAAGCUUCACAAAUAAUUUAUCCAGAAGAACCUAUCCUGGAUGAACUAAGUUCUUGGACCAUGGACUUCCUGAAACAGGAAUUUUGCAAUGGCUCAAUUUAUGUGGACCAGCCUGGUGAAAGUAUCAAGGUGCAUGAUGCUCUCACAUAUCCUUACCAUGUUGAUUUGGAUCGCUUAGGCCAUAGGAGAAGUAUUCACCAGUAUAGUAAUAUAGAUAACACUUGGACCUUGAAGACCUCCUAUUGUUGUCCAAACAUUGGGAACAAAGAUUUUAUUAAACUGGCAGCUGAAGACUUCAACCUCUGCCAAUUGAUACAGCAAAAAGAACUCAAGCAACUAGGAAGGUGGAUAAUUGAGAAUAAGUUGGACAAACUAUCAUUUGCGAGGCAGAAGCUGGGCUAUUGCUACUUUUCAGCUGCCUCAACUCUCUAUGCACCUGAACUAUCUGAUGCUCGCAUCUCAUGGGCCAAAAAUGGCGUGCUUACAACAGUUGUGGAUGACUUUUUCGAUGUUGGAGGUUCCAUGGAAGAAUUAGUAAACCUUGUUCAGUUACUUGAGAAGUGGGAAGUGGACGGAAGCACAUAUUUCUGUUCUGAGCAAGUUGAGAUCCUUUUCACAGCGAUUCGAGGCUCCAUUCAUGAGAUUGGAAGCAUGGCAUUGGCACGGCAAGGACGUGAUGUCACCCGUCAUAUAAAUGACAUUUGGGUGGAAUUGGUGAAGUCAAUGUUGAAAGAAGCAGAAUGGGCAAGGAACAAUUGGGUGCCAACAAUGGAGGAAUAUAUGAAGAACGCACACAUAUCAUUCGCAUUAGGGCCAAUUGUUCUUCCAGCUCUUUACUUAGUAGGGCCAAAACUCUCGGAGGAAAUGGUGAGUAGUCCAGAGUAUAAUAAUCUGUAUGAAGGGAUGAGCACUUGUGGGCGCCUGCUCAAUGACUGGAGAGGAUGUCAGAGGGAGUUUGAGCAAGGGAAGGUGAAUGCAGUGGCUCUGCUGUUGCUUGAAGGCGACCGGACCUUGGACGAUGCCGCGGAAGAGGUGAAAGGAGCAAUCGAGAGGGAGAGGAAGCAAUUGUUGAAGUUGGUGUUGUUGGAGAGGGAGCAGGGAAUGCCAAAAUGCUGCAAGCAAUUAUUUUGGAACAUGACAAAGGUUCUUCACCUUUUUUACCUGAAGGACGAUGGAUUCACUAAUGAGGAAAUCGUUGAUGUAGCCAAAUCCAUAGUUAAUGAACCCAUCCACCUUUUUCCUUAAGGGGUAAUGAUAUAUGCAAUGCACCCGCGUCAUCUUUAGUGAUUGCUUCUGAUAGCAUUUCAUAAAAAAAGGUGAUUACUCUCAUGGUGCCAAUGUGUGCUAGCUAGCCUGAUCUUAUGUAUACUAGGAGUAGUGAACCGAUGGUUCUGGAGUUUAAACAGUAUAUAUAGACUGAAUUUGAAAUGACUGACUUGAGGAAAGUGGGGCACUUCUUAAGUGUUGAAAUGCUUCAAGGGUUUGGGAGUAUUCAUCUGUCAGCAAAAAUACACCAAGGAGAUUCUUGAAAGGUUCUCCCGUAUGAAAAGUAAAUCAGCCAUGAACAUCUUUGUACCAGGAGCUCGGUUGACACUUGCAGGGAGAUGGUGUUCUUGUUGAUGCUACACAGUACAAGCAGCUGAUAGAAAGUCUGUUGUAUCUUACUGCAACGGGACCUGAUAUCAUGUUCUCAAUAUGCUAGUUGAGUAGCUAAAUGGAGACACCAACUAGCAGUCAUCUUCAAGCUGCAAAGUGGGUACUGAGAUACUUGAAAGGGACUGUUGAGUAUGAAAUCUGGUAUGGGAAGGGAUUGCAGAGAGAACAUAGCAGGAUACACAAACAAUGAUUAUUCUGGUGGCACGGAUGACAGGAAAAGCACUAGCGAAUAUGUGUUCAUUUUGGCAGGUGAAACUGUGAAACAAUAUCUUUAGCUUUAGAGCAGCAGCCAGUAGUCAGUUUGUCCACCAUAGAAGCUGAAUUUCUUGUCGCAGCCUGUUGUGGCGCACUUUGUAUCUGGUUAAGAAUGAUUUUGGAGGAAAUGAACCGAUAGGAAAGUAUAGAGGAUGGAACUAGCAUUCUAACUGAUAAUAGUUCAACCAUUAAGCUACUGUUAGCUAAGAAUCUUGUUCUGCAUGGGAGGAGUAAACAUAUCGAUGUCGGAUUUCAUUUUAUCGGGAAUGUAACAAAGAAAGGAGUGGUUCAGAUGGAGUCUUAGGAACACAUGAUCCGCUAGCUGAUAUUAUGACCAAGACAGUACAGUUGGAGGAAUUUGAGAAGCUGGGAAAGUGCAAACUGAUUGAGUAUUCUGGUGGAGCUAGUGCUGAAGUCUGGUGCUGCUGAAAUUUAAAGAACAACAAGGCUGGAGUACUAGGUUGUUUGUCAGUAGUUGCUGCAGAACAGGAUUGGUGGUUACAGGAUCAGCUUCUUAGCCUGUUUUUCGUGCAGCAGAGGAAUCAAUUCCGCAGCACCAAGGCGCAGCGAUGGCUUUUGCUUGCUUGCAGAAACACUCUGCUCCAAUGUCUUGCACCCCUGUGUUUCCUCUUGUUUCUGGUGCAACUCCAGCAAAAUGUAGAGAAUCUGGAUCACUGGCUGCUACAGAGUUCAGCAACACCAACUUGAGCUGCGAUGGCUCGACGAGAAUACAACGAAUAAAGAAGAUGUUUGAUGAGGCUCGUCUCUCGGUGUCUGCAUACGACACUGCAUGGAUGGCCAUGGUUCCAACUCCUACAUCAUCCAUGGAAGACUCUCCUUUCUUUCCUCAAUGUGCGAAAUGGAUACUGGACAACCAGCUCAGUGAUGGAUCUUGGGGUCUCCCUCUUCCUCGUCGUCAUCCAUCCUUAACCAAGGACGCUCUCUCCUCUACCUUGGCUUGCAUUCUAGCUCUCCAGCGCUGGGGCCUCGGUGAGCAACAAGUCACUAAAGGUCUCUGGUUUCUCGACUGUAAUUCGGCUUCCCUAGCCGAUCAGAAGCAGCAUGGACCUAUUGGGUUUGACAUAAUAUUCCCUGGCAUGAUUGACUAUGCACAAGAUUUGGGGUUGAACCUCCCUUUCAAGUCAACUGAUGUAGAGUUUCAACGGAAGGAGAGGGACCUGCAACGGCAGAGACUACUGACCCUCUUCUUGUUUGUUCCUAGCCGUCUGUUACGAGUCUGGGAAGCCAGCCUGGAAUCCUAAAUAUGAGGGAUCCAAUAGAGAUAGAGAUGCUAUGCUGACAAAGAGAGAUGUGGAGCUUACAAGUGGGUUCGGUAGAAACGCAAAGGGAAGGAGAGCCUACUUGGCAUAUGUUUCAGAAGGUAUCCAACACUCACAAGACUGGGAUAUGGUCAUGAAAUAUCAGAGGAAGAACGGAUCCCUGUUUAAUUCACCUUCGACUACUGCAGUUGCGUUUUCUCAUCUUCGAGAUCCUGAUUGCCUUCGCUAUCUUUGUGCCAUCUUAGACCAAUUCGAGAAUGCUGCUCCAACCAUCUAUCCACUGGACAUACGCAGCCACCUUUUGAUCAUAGACACUCUCGAUGGUCUGGGAGUUGCUCGCCACUUCACCGACGAAAUGAAGAUGUUGCUGGACCAGACGUACAGAUGCUGGUUGCAGGGUGACGAAGAGAUUUUUCUAGAUACAACCACUUGUGCCAUGGCUUUCAGAUUGUUGCGUGUCUAUGGCUAUGAUGUGUCUUCUGAUCAGCUAUCUCCAUUCUCAGAAGAUUGUUUCUUCAAUUCACUAGAAGGAUACUUGAACGACAAGACAGCUGUACUGGAGUUGCACAAAGCUUCACAAAUAAUUUAUCCAGAAGAACCUAUCCUGGAAGAGCUAAAUUCUUGGACCAUGAAUUUCCUGAAACAGGAAUUCUGCAAUGGCUCAAUUUAUGUGGACCAACCCGGUGAAAGUAUCAGCACAGAUGUAUGAUGUACUUAGGGUCAGUGCUUGAUGAAAGAUUAGAGUGCAGUAGCACUUGUUAUUUCCAGGAAAAACAGUUCGUCCAUUGAAUAAUAUGCCUAAAAGGGAGGGAUAGAAGUCUUCUUCAGAGUAUUGUUCCUUUCUGGCGCAAACCCAGAAAGCACGGCAGAAGUUAUCAAUUUUCAAUGCUUGUAUCGAACUCUUUCUCAGCAUCUCAUUUCAGGUGCAUGAUGCUCUCACAUACUCCUAUCAUGUUGAUUUGGAUCGCUUAGGCCAUAGGAGAAGUAUUGACCAGCAUAGUAAUAUAGAUAACACUUGGACCUUGAAGACCUAUUGUUGUCCAAACAUUAGGAACAAAGUUUUUCUUGAACUGGCAGCCGAAGAUUUCAACCUCUGCCAGUCGAUACAGCAGAAAGAACUCAAGCAACUAGGAAGGUGGGUUAUUGAGAAUAAGCUCGACAAGCUAUCAUUUGCGAGGCAGAAGCUUGGCCAUUGCCACUUUGCAGUUGCUGCAACUCUCUAUGCACCUGAACUAUCUGAUGCUCGCAUCUCGUGGGCCAAAAACUGCACGCUUGUAACGUAUGUGGAUGACUUUUUCGAUGUUGAAGGUUCGAUGGAAGAAUUAGUAACCCUUGUUCAGUUGAUUGAGAACUGGGAAGUGGAUGGAAGCACAUAUUUCUGUUCUGAGCAAGUUGAGAUCCUUUUCACAGCGAUCCGAAGAACCAUUCAUGAGAUUGGAGACACGGCAUUGGCAUGGCAAGCACGCGAUGUCACCCAUCAUAUAAAGGACAUUUGGGUUCAAUUGUUGAAGUCAAUGUUGAAAGAAGCAGAAUGGUCGAGGAACAAGUUGGUGCCAACAAUGGAGGAAUAUAUGAAGCACGCACACGUGACAUUAGCAUUAGGGCCAACUGUUCUUCCAUCUCUUUACUUACUAGGGCCAAAGCUCUCCGAGGAGAUGGUGAGUAGUCCAGAGUAUAAGAAUCUGUAUGAAGGGAUGAGCACUUGUGGGCGCUUUCUCAAUGACACGAGCGGAUUUCAGAGGGAGUUCGAUGAAGGGACGAUAAACGCAAUGUCGCUGCUGCUGCUGCAUGAAGGGGACCGCAGUAUGGACGAUGCGGUGGAAGAGGUGAAGAGAGCAAUCGAGAGGGAGAGGAAGCAAGUGUUGAAGUUGGUGUUUUUGGAGAAGGAGAAGGAAGGAAUACCAAAUUGCUGCAAGCAAGUGUUUUGGGACGUGACAAAGGUGCUUCUCCUUUUCUACCUGAAGGAUGAUGGAUUCACUAAUGAGAGACUCGUGAAUCUAGCUAACUCCAUCGUUGAUGAACCCAUCUGCGUUUCUUGUAACUGCCUCGCCUGAUCGGAGUAGAAGUUUGGUGGAUUCGAGUUAUGUUGAAAGAGUCGCUGCUCAGAAUUGGAGGAACAGAGAAGAGAGAGCGAAAUUGCCAGCAGCUUUUACUAUCCAGCAGUUGAAGAAGACAAUCCAGACGAAGCAAGGAUUGCAGAGCUGAAGAACGAAGGAGUUUCAAGAGUGAAACGUUUCGAGUUGUCUGUCUUUCUUUUACGAACAAACACCUAUGCUACGCCGUUUCAUUUAUGUUUGGGUUAGUCGUAGGCUAAACACGGUUUAAGUUUGUAAUCUGCAAUCAUAUGUAGACACGUGGACUAUCAGGCUAAUUUGAAUUAGCCGCCAUAUAUAGGGGUGGGCAACCGGUUCGGUAAAUCCGAACCAAACUGAACCGAAACCGAAAGAAUGCUAUUUGGUUCGGAAUUCGGAAGAAAAUAUGGAUAUUUCGGAAAUCAGGGUUCUUUCAACCGAACCGAAAUUUCGAAUUUCCGACUGAAAAAUCGAAAUACU